AUGUUCCCGUUUGAGGAGUACGUGAACGGCCAUGUGGUUCAGCAAUAUAUGUAUGAAAAUGUCGACUACGCCUGCUACCUGGUGUUUGCCUACCUCGGCAUGGUGCGCUACGGUCCGGGUAUUGCCAAGGCCAUCCUGGGCGAGAGCCCCGCGCCGCAACCGGCCCCCGACGGCAAGCGCGCGAAGCCGGCUGCAGAUCCGGAGUGGCUGCGCCUCAGCAUGAUAGUGUGGAACUUCAUGCUCUCUGGCUUCUCGAUCUGCGGCGCGAUCGUUUUGGUUCCGGCGCUCCUGUCGUCCAUCAAAAAAAACGGCCUGAAGAGCACUGCGUGCGAAUACCGCGUCGAGCUCGCCUACACCUCCCCCCGCGGUUCCUGGCUGGCCAUGUUCGUGCUGAGCAAGAUCCCUGAGCUCGUCGACACCUUGUGGCUGAUUUUGCAGAAGAAGAAGACGCCGCCGUUCCUGCACUGGUACCAUCACGUGUCAGUGCUCAUGUUCGCCUGGUUCAGCUACUCCGUCGGCAGCUCGACGAUGGCCGUCUUCUCCACCAUGAAUAUCUUCGUGCACUCAGUAAUGUACAUGUAUUUUGCCUUGUGCGCAUGCGGCGUCAAGAAGCUGCUUCGCCCCUUCGCUCCCCUGAUCACGGCACUGCAGAUCCUGCAGAUGGUCGGCGGCACCGCGCUCACCUUCUACUCGUACGCAGUGAAUGUACCAUCCUACAACGCUGGGAUUGAGGACGUUCACAAGCUGCCGUGCGCCGUCCCCAAGUCCGCAGCUCGCUUUGGCGCUCUCAUGUACCUGUCCUACCUGUACCUCUUCUGUGAGCUGUACGUGAACUCGUACAUCAAAGGCCCCGCUCGCAGCGCCUCCGCCAAAAAGUCCGCGUAA